CGGGUGCACAGCAUGCUAAGAACAGACGUAUUUUCUGUGAACCUUUGCUCCAGUUGGUCCUAUUAAAAACCCCAGUGGGCCAGAGUGUGAAUAGUCAGUGUGCAGAGGGAGGCUCAGCAUACAGAUCAGCUGUUUGAAGCAGAAGUCACCCGUCUGUGCACUGAUGGCCACCUUUGACGACAUCCUGGAGGAAGCGGGGAAGUUCGGCCACUGCCAGAAGCGAAUCUUUGCCCUGCUGUGUUUGGUGUCCAUGCCAUGGGCCGGGGUGUACGUGGGCAUCGUCUUCCAGGGCUUCACCCCGGACCACUGGUGCAGGGACUCAGCAGCGGUCGAGAGGAGGGAGGCCUGCGGAUGGAGCCGGGAGGAAAGCCGCAGGCUGACGGCGCCGCUGGUCAACAUCUCGGGAGUUUUGCAGCAAAGCAGCUGCGAGCGAUUCGACUUGGACUGGAAUGUGAGCGAACUCAGCUGCAAUCCACAGGAGCAGGACUGGAGCAGGACUCCCACUGUCAGGUGCACUGAGGGCUGGGAGUACGACUAAGAGGGGAGACAGUCCUUUGUCACAGAGUUUGACCUGGUGUGUUCAGACAGCUGGUUGGUGGACAUGUAUCAGGCUACUCUGAACGUGGGCUUCCUGAUUGGAAGCAUUGCUAUUGGCUACCUGGCUGACAGGUUUGGAAGGAAACUGAGCUUCCUCAUGUCCAACUUGCUGAACGGGAUCGCCGGCAUCCUGGUCGCUGUGGCUCCCAACUACAUUUCUUUACUGGUUUUUAGGACUCUGUAUGGUUUUGGUGUUAAAGGAGGAUGGGUGGCUGGAUAUGUCCUGAUCACAGAGAUUGUUGGGGUUGAGUUCAGGCGGACAGUGGGAGUCAUUUACCAGAUGUUCUUCAGUGUCGGCAUCCUCAUCCUCCCUCUGCUCGCCUACUUCAUCACAGACUGGCGAUGGUUGCAGGUGGUCAUCACCGUCCCUUACAUCCUCUUCCUGUCCUACUACUGGUUUAUUCCUGAAUCUCCAAGAUGGCUGCUGUCUCAGAACAGGAAGUCUGAAGCUGUGAAGAUUACCAAGAGCAUGGCGAAGGAAAACAAGAAGAUUCUGACCAAGAUGAUCGAGACUCUGUCGGAUGAGAACGCAGAUUCCUCCACUGCCUCCUUCAUGGACCUGAUCAGAACCCCGAAAAUGAGAAAACACACCUUUAUCCUCAGCUACAACUGGUUUACCAGCGCAGUCGUCUAUCAGGGUUUAAUCAUGAGACUGGGAAUUCUGGGAGGAAACGUCUACAUCGACUUCCUCAUCUCCGGGUUGGUGGAGUUCCCUGCCGCCUUCCUCAUCCUCUUCACCAUCGAGAGGAUUGGAAGACGGCUGCCAUUCGCCGCUGCCAACAUUGUGGCCGGAGCCUCCUGUUUGAUCACAGCAUUCAUUCCUGACAGUAUGUUCUGGUUUAAAACUGUAGUUGCCUGCAUUGGUCGGCUGGGGAUCACCAUGACCUUUGAGAUGGUGGUGUUUGUAAACACUGAACUCUACCCAACAUUUGUGCGGAACUUCGGAGUGUCAGUUUGUUCCACUCUGUGUGAUGUUGGAGGAAUUGUGGCUCCUUUUCUGCUUUACAGACUGGCCGUCAUCUGGCUAGAGCUGCCACUCAUCAUUUUCGGAUGUUUGGCCUUCCUGGCUGGCGGUUUACUUCUUCUGCUUCCAGAAACUAGAGGUGUUCCGCUGCCCGACACCAUCGAUGAUGUUGAGUUCCCUGAAAGAGCGAAGGAAAAGAUCACGCUGAAGGCCCAGCAACUAACCAACCUGCUUCCCGACAGCGAUGUUUCGUCAUACAAAGACCCAACGACUGUUUGAUAGAUUUGUUCCUGUUGUUUAAUAGGGAUUCUUUUGGAUACCGUAAAUCCUCUAAUAUUGGCCGUAUUCCAUUAGCAGCCC